GUGCCAAUUUCUGAGUGAGGUCAAGACCUUUUCGCUGUCCAGGAUUGCAGGCGCUGUGCUGUUCGGGACACUACCACGUGUUCAUAUUUACGGUCUAUUCCUCGUUGAGUAGAGCUCUCAUCGUCGUCGUCGGCCUUUCCCAGCGUUGUCUCCGCAGUGCAGCUACGCGUUUGAGUUCUUUGUCGCGCAUAUUUCGUCCGCCCUGCCAGCAGCCAUCGCGGACUUCUCGUAUUCCGCUCUUUCGUCUUUUCGCUAUCUUGCUGGAAGCCCGUGCGCCUUUCUUUCCUGUGGUUGUGUAGUGCACUGAGCCAUGGCUGCGCCGCCGAGUACCUCUUGUGUCCUGCUAGUGGCCGUGUUGAUGUCGUGCUCUCUCUCUCUCUGCUCAUCUAGCAACCUUCUCAAUAUCCUAUCUACGGAUCGGAACUUCACCAUUUUGUACAAUGCAUUCUAUCAGUCAGGCGAAUUACAGUCUCUGGAGGAACGCACGCAGGUGAACGGCACGGCGUUUGUGUUCUUUGCGCCGAUCGAUGGCAGCUUUGUGGACUUUGGCUAUGAAGUUAUGGAGUGCAUUACGAGGCAGGAGAAUUUCAAGAACGUCUUCAGUCAAGUUCUUCGGUACUUCCAAGUGACUACCAUCAAGAGGCAAGUGAACACUGUACAAGAUUUAGCGGCCGUUGCGGUAGAUGCCAAGCUUUGGACGGUCUUGGGGCAGCCUAUCCAAGUCUUCGUGAGUGGGACGGAAGUCAUUCUGGCGAAUGAGGAUGGAACGGAUCAGACGGUGGUGACGAAAGCGAUGGUCACAGACACUAACGUGACGCUCAUUGUACUCGAGAAGGGCGUUCUCCUCUCUAGCCAGGUUAGGAACCAGAUCAUGAAUACGUGUUUCCCUCCCCCGCCGGAGUCUGCCCCCCCAAGCUCAAUGCCGAUCGCUCUUCCGUACUAUUAGUCUUCCGUCGUUGCCUCUACAUUUCGUGAGCUAAUUCUUUAUUUCCUAGCCCUGAUGGAUCGCUUCAGGGGUUGGAGACACAGAGAGAGAGAGAGAGAGAGAGAGAGAGAGAGAGAGAGAGAGAGAGAGAGAUUAGAGCUGAGUUUCGUCGUUGUCGGUCAGCGGUUUGUGUGCUGCUACUGGAAAAGGUGUCUGGUUUCUCUUGUGUGCAUUAGUUACACAGAGAGAGAGAGAGAGAGAGAGAGAGAGAGAGAGAGAGAGAGAGAGAGAGAGAGAGAGAGAGAGAGUGAGAGAGAAAGUUAAGUUUCGUCGUUUUCGAUCAGCGGUCUGUGUGCUGCUACUGAAGAAGGUGAGUCUGGGUUUUCUUGUACGCUGACACAAUUUGGGUGUAGCCUAUGCUGUCGGCGAAGCGCUUGCUUUUGGAACUGUGGAUCUCGGUUUCUGUACGAUACAGCCAUGAACCCUGACUUUUUGUGCUAAAAGAGUUUUGAUGGGGUCGAGGUCCUGCGAGCGGUACUGCGGCUUUGUUUGAUAGUAGAAGAGGUCAGUGUUCCAGUAUUGGUGAAUCCAUGUGCGCUUUGAAGACGGACUUCGAAUAGAGGCGAAGUCAUUUGCAUUUUGAAGUCGACCUCGAAUAGAGGUGAUUUCAUGUGCAUUUUCAAGACGUGUGCAUUUUCAAGACGACUUCGAAUUGAGCCCAAGUCAUUGCAUUUUGAAGAUGACUCGAAUAGAGGUGAAGCCAUGUGCAUUUUGAAGACGUCUUGAACUGCCGGAGGAUGGACUGACGGUUCGCUUUGAUCGAUCUGUUAUCUUAUGAAAUUAGGGAAGUGUAAAUUUGUUAGUUUCGGAUGGGCUAUGCUGUGGCUUAAGCUUUUGAUCAUAUGUUCUUAAUGGGUGAGCGUCACCCAUUUGAGCAGCUAUGGUUGUUCGGACUGCAGGUGUCUGCGGUUAUAUGCGGUUAUUUUAUAUCGUUGCUGAUGACCGUUUCCGGUGUCGGCUUGCUUACGGACAAGUCCUCGAUGUUGCUGUCCUGGCUGUGGUGUGCAUGUACCCUCUUUUUCGUGUUUUUUCAAUUGUGUUUGACAUCUCGUAUCUUUCGCGGUCUUUAAAAGCUCGAAGCGUAGGUGAUAGUAGCUUCUCGUUUUCCCGUAAAGAAUGAAAUUUGUGUUCUAGUUGUGCCGAAGAUUCAAUGUCGAGGAUUGUUGUGACUGUAUGUUUUGCUGGCUAUAUCUUCUCGAACCGUAAGUGAUGGAAGGACGUUCUACAUGUAAGUUAUCCGCGUUUUCGUGUUAAAGAAUAAACGUUUUUUUCGUCUAGCGCUUGUGACUUGCUGGAAAGGUCUCCACGUAACUUUCAUUAAUCUGCUGUAUGUAGGCUACGAGUCCACAGUUUCGGUACGUAACGUGAUGACAUGAUGCCCUGGAGUUCGCAGUCGAUGCUGACUGUUUCUCGUUGGCUAGAUCUUCUCGAUAUAAGUGGUAGAAGGUUGUUCUGCAUGCAACGUACGCUCGUUUUCGUGUUAAAGAACACGCUGAUUUUUGUCAAAUUGCUUAAAAUCCGAUGUCGAGGACAUCGAUUGACUAUGUUUUACUGGCAAGAUCCUGUAUGUUUUGCUGGCACGAUCUCUGGGCAUCUGUAGUCAUGUACUGAGUUCGUCUGCGAUUCCAAAUCCUCGUUUUCGUGUUAAGUGAUUUUAUUUGGGACUUGCUGAGGACCGGAUGUCGUCGAGGAUUAACGAUUGACUCUAUGUUUUGCUGGCAAGAUCUAUGCGGAACUAUCAGUAAUCUACUGUGUCUCGUUUGCGAGUCUGAAGUUUUCGGUACGCAUGCGAGUCUAAAUUUUCGGUACGCAGCUUCUGACUCUUCGAAUAUCAUUGGCUGUAUGUUUUGCUGGCAAGGUCUCUGCGGAACUAUCAGUAAUCUACUGUGUCGUCUGCGAGUCUUAAGUUUUCGGUACGCAGCUAGUCUAAAUUUUCGGUA